AAACCCGGGAGAGCGAGGACGCUCGUCCUCUGCCUGCCAGGAGACAAAGGGAGCGCUGGAGAGGAACUCAGACUGCGGUGUUGAAAGUAUAACAUCACUUUAAUUCAGUAAACUCGCACUUCUUGAACAUCUAACGUCACAAGAUGUCUAAAGGACCAGCAGUUGGCAUUGACCUAGGUACCACAUAUUCAUGUGUGGGGAUCUUCCAGCAUGGCAAAGUGGAGAUUAUUGCCAAUGACCAAGGAAACAGGACAACGCCAAGUUAUGUGGCCUUCACAGAUACAGAGAGACUCAUUGGAGAUGCUGCCAAGAACCAGGUGGCCAUGAAUCCAGCCAACACUGUAUUUGAUGCUAAGCGUCUGAUCGGUCGCAAGUUCGACGAUCUGGUGGUGCAGUCUGACAUGAAACACUGGCCCUUCAAGGUCAUAAAUGACUCCUCAAAACCCAAGGUGGAGGUUGAAUAUAAGGGGGAGAUCAAGUCUUUCUACCCAGAGGAGAUUUCCUCCAUGGUUCUCACCAAAAUGAAGGAGAUUUCUGAAGCUUAUCUUGGCAAGCCUAUUACCAAUGCAGUUAUCACAGUCCCUGCUUACUUCAACGACUCCCAGCGUCAAGCCACCAAGGAUGCUGGAACCAUCUCUGGCCUCAAUGUGCUUCGUAUCAUCAAUGAACCCACAGCUGCAGCUAUUGCAUACGGCUUGGACAAAAAGGUCGGGGGUGAGCGCAAUGUUCUCAUCUUUGACCUCGGUGGUGGCACUUUUGAUGUGUCGAUCCUGACAAUUGAGGAUGGCAUCUUUGAGGUCAAGGCCACAGCUGGGGACACACAUUUGGGUGGGGAGGACUUUGAUAACCGCAUGGUUAACCACUUUAUUGCUGAGUUCAAGCGCAAGUUCAAAAAGGACAUCAUCAACAACAAGCGAGCCGUGCGUCGUCUGCGUACGGCGUGUGAGCGAGCUAAGCGCACCCUCUCCAGCAGCACCCAGGCCAGCAUUGAGAUCGACUCACUCUAUGAGGGAACAGACUUCUACACCUCCAUUACCAGGGCCCGCUUUGAAGAGCUCAAUGCAGACCUGUUCCGUGGAACUCUGGAGCCCGUGGAAAAGGCCCUGAGGGAUGCCAAGAUGGACAAAAGUCAGAUCCAUGAUGUUGUUCUAGUGGGUGGCUCCACGCGUAUUCCAAAGAUCCAAAAGCUUCUGCAGGACUUGUUUAAUGGUCGUGACUUGAACAAGAGCAUCAACCCAGAUGAGGCAGUUGCGUAUGGGGCAGCUGUACAGGCUGCCAUACUGGCUGGUGAUAAGUCUGAGAAUGUGCAGGACCUGCUCCUGCUGGAUGUCACCCCCCUGUCCCUGGGAAUUGAAACAGCUGGUGGAGUGAUGACUGUCCUUAUCAAAAGGAACACCACCAUUCCGACCAAACAAACCCAGACCUUUACCACCUACUCAGACAACCAACCCGGUGUGCUCAUUCAGGUAUACGAAGGGGAAAGAGCCAUGACCAAAGAUAAUAAUAUCUUAGGGAAAUUUGAACUGACUGGCAUUCCACCUGCUCCGAGAGGAGUCCCUCAGAUUGAGGUGACCUUUGACAUCGAUGCCAAUGGCAUCCUCAAUGUGUCCGCAGUCGACAAAAGCACCGGGAAGGAGAACAAGAUUACCAUCACCAAUGACAAAGGUCGACUGAGCAAGGAGGACAUUGAGCGCAUGGUACAGGAAGCAGAGCAGUUCAGGUCUGAAGAUGAGGCUCAGAGAGAAAAGAUUACAGCCAAAAAUUCUCUUGAGUCUCUGGCAUUCAACAUGAAGAGCACAGUGGAGGACGAGAAGCUCCAAGACAAGAUCAGCCCUGAGGAUAAAAAGACUAUCAUAGACAAGUGCAAUGAAGUGAUUGCCUGGCUGGACAGAAACCAGACGGCUGAGAAGGAGGAGUACGAUCACCAGCAGAAAGAGCUAGAGAAGAUUUGCAAUCCCAUUAUCUCUAAGCUGUACCAGGGGGGCAUGCCAGGAGGAAUGCCAGGAGGGAUGCCUGGAGGGAUGCCUGGCGGCUUCCCUGGUGGAGCUGGAGCUGGUUCCUCCUCUGGCCCAACCAUCGAGGAGGUCGACUAAAUAUAAGCAAUCAAAACGCUGGAAAUGUUACUUCUUGACCACAUGUACUGGCUGUUCUAACCAUACGUUCAUCCCAAAUGGACUCCACAUAACAUAUAUUUAAUUUUCCCCUGCUUGAUUAUUCAACAAUACUUAUGACCUAUUUUAAUAAUACCACCUGAGCCCCUUGAACUUUCUGUACUUUCUGACACAGCCACAACCCUUUAUUGACAUGUUUUUUUUUUUUUAAUUGACCAACAUAAAGUAGUGCAUAACUGGGAAGUGGAAGCAAAAUGAUACAUGGUUUUCAACUUUUUUUUUUUACAAAUGUAAAAAUUACCCCUUAAGUAUAUAGAACCAAGUUAAGUUCCAAAGCCUUUUCAAAUACCUCACAAUCAGUUUUGUGAGUCAAGAGAUAAUUCACUUUCUGCUCAUUUUUUUUAUUUUUUUAGAGGAGCUUAAACUCAGUUCUAUUGCAUGGAGAACCUCUGGAAACAUCAUAUUCCAAAUCCUGCUCAAAAGUCUGAUAUAGGCUUAUACCAUUUUAAUACACACGCUUUUGUAUAAACCCUUGCAUUGAUGCUCUGUUUGUAUGUUUAGUGCCGUUGUCCUACUGGAAGUUGACUCUGUCCAACUUUUAAGACUUUUACGUAUUCUAACAGGUUUUAUUUCAAUACUCACCCCUUCCCUGGUGAAAAAAAGCCUCCUCACAACAUGAUACUACUUCCACAUGUUUGGCUUGUUGUAAAUUGCAGAGGCAGAAUUCAACAUUAUUUUCACUGUGAAUAGCCACAUAUUUCAGACAGCCAUUCAGAUGGGUUAAACAGUGCUCCGAGAAAUGUCUAAAGUAUUGUUUGCAAUGGCCUAAACCUGCCUUAAAUUUCUCCACAACUUUAUCCUUGACCUGUCUGCUGUACUUCUCUGUCUUCAUCAUGCUGUUUGCUCACAUACAAAACUCGGAGAGCUUCCCAGAGCAGCUGUAUUUAUACUGAGAUUAAAUUACAGAUAGCUAGACUCUGUUUAGUAAUAAAUUGACUUUUGAAGGCAUUUAAAUGUGCUGGAUUUGUCUAGGGGUCAAAAAGGUAAAGCAAGUGAAUAUACACAUAACUUCACAUUUUUCUAAUUUGGUUUGGUAAAAACUUUUUUGAAAACAAUUAACUACAAAUUGCAAUUAAAUACAGUCAAGCUUGAGAUUUGUUUCAAUCUGUAAUCUUAUGCCUUCAAACCAAUAAAGUUUAUCAUUGACAACCCUGUUAAAAA